AUGGAGCAACAUUCGCACAUCAUCGGAUUAGGCGACAUUUUGUCAGAUGCAAAAAAAUGUUGGGUUCUUUUGGCUAGCAAGUCCCCAAGAAGGAUAGAGUUAAUGAAAUUAAUGGGCGUAUCAAAUUUAUACGUUUGUGAAUCAGGAUUUGAGGAAAAUUUAGAUAAAAAACAGUUUGCUUCUGCUGAGCAUUAUGUUAAGGAAAAUGCGUUACAAAAGGGGUUGAAUGUAGCAAACCAUGUCUGGUUUAGGGAUCAAGCCAAUACUAACAGCGAUGGAAACUCUAAAGAAGCGGAACAAAAAACAAACACACAACAAGGGAGUAAUUGUGGUGAUUUAUCAAAGGGCCAACCUGAUAACGAACAACAUUGUACAGAUGCAACAAAAAAGCCUCAAGUGAAAAGUUUGCAUAGCACCUAUGACCCCAUGCCAAAUGCUAUAAUCUCAUGCGACACGAUCGUUACACUGAAUGACGAAAUAAUAGAAAAACCUCUGAACAAGGAGCACGCCCUGGAAAUUUUAAAAAAGUUAUCAUCUAAUGUCCAUUGCGUUUAUACAGCUGUCUGUAUAUUUUUAUACAAAACAAAAGUGCCCAUCACCUUUAUCGAAAAAACAGACGUACAUUUUGACAACUUGCUUGAGAAAGAUAUUUUAGCAUAUUUAAAUUCGAGUGAACCAUAUGAUAAGGCUGGCGCUUAUUCUAUCCAAGGGGUCGGUUGUCAGUUUAUAAAAAAAAUUAAUGGCUGUUAUUACAACGUUAUGGGGUUACCAAUUAAUAAACUGUCCAGAACGUUGACGCAGUUAUUUGUGCAAGGAAAAAUAUCUGUUUCAUAA